ACUACAACUCCCAACAAGCACAGUAAAAAAAACCACAAACCUCUAGCACUUCCUUUGUACAAGGGUCAGUAAAUAUAACAAAGUUGUUUGAGAUCUUUCGGUGAGCACCAUGGGGCGGCUGGAUGGGAAGAUCAUCCUGUUGUCUGCAGCAGCACAGGGCAUUGGCCGAGCAGCUGCUAUUGCUUUUGCUAAAGAAGGAGCCAAAGUCAUUGCUACAGACAUCAAUGAGUCUAAACUGCAGGAACUGGGAAAAUAUCCAGGCAUUCAAAUACGGGUUCUGGAUGUCACCAAAAAGGAGCAGAUAGAAAAUCUGGCCAAGGAGAUUGAAAAGAUUGACGUCCUCUGUAACAUUGCAGGGUUUGUUCAUCAUGGAACCAUUCUGGAGUGUGAGGAGCAAGACUGGGACUUCACGAUGAACCUCAAUGUUCGCAGCAUGUAUCUAAUGAUCAAGACGUUCCUUCCAAAGAUGCUUAAAGAGAAAUCUGGAAAUAUUAUAAAUAUGUCUUCUGUGGCAUCCAGCAUCAAAGGGGUUGUGAGCAGGUGUGUCUAUAGUACUUCAAAGGCAGCAGUUAUUGGGCUCACAAAGGCUGUGGCUGCUGAUUUCAUUGAACAAGGCAUCAGAUGCAACUGCAUAUGUCCUGGAACUGUUGACACACCGUCUUUACAGGAAAGAAUCCAAGCCCGGCCUAACCCAGAACAGGCACUGAAAGACUUUCUGGCUAGACAAAAGACUGGCAGGAUGGCUACUGCUGAAGAAGUGGCCCAUCUCUUUGUCUACUUGGCCUCUGAUGAAUCUGCCUAUGUGACUGGUAAUGAACUAAUCAUCGAUGGAGGAUGGAGCUUGUGAUUGACUCUACCUACAAAUGGAAAUUCAUACUAUGAUGGGCAAAAAAUGAGGACGGUGUUUCUUGCAAAGACUGAGAUCAUGCAUGUGAUGUCUUUCCAAACAAAUUUGCUGCAAGCUCUUUCUAGAUUGAUCUUACUCAUUAACUUUUCCUUAAAUAGAGAAACACUGGAGUAAAAUACACUUCAUGUGGCUUCAAUUUAUGGCAACUCUAAAAACAUGAAAGAACAGCAGUUUAAUGUUUAAGAGUUCAGGGGGCUAAAAAUACUAUUCAAGGUACAAAAUCUGAGUUGUGUUUUCAGCAAAUCUGAGUGAAAGGAAUUAAGAAUUAUCUUUAUUCUCAUCUUACAAGGUAUUUGGAAAUUAAAUACUCACAAUUAGAUUUUCAUGUACAGGAACCACUAUGCAAGGCCAUUAUUCUAGCAGGCAUGGAUGGGGGGUAUAUGUGAGAGAAGUAUUCUUAAAUACAUAGUUUGAUCUUCAUGAAUAUGCUUGACUUGCAGCACAAAAGCAAAAGGAGUGGAUUUCACCACUCUAGAGAGUCAAUAUAUUCCUCUCCAAAAUGAUGUACUGAUAUUGGACAAAUUCUGUAAAAUCUGUUGCUAGGUGCUACACUUUGGUGCUCUAUGCCUUAGUCUCAAGUACCAAUACAGCUCACUCUAAAGCACAAGGCAAAAUUUCUCUGAAAAGGGCUGUUUCUACAAGAGUAUGUAUUGAUGUUUUUAUUGUGAUAGCACAUGGUAGCUUUGAUUCAUGAAAUAGAAACCUAUUAUUGUCAAGUUUCACACUCUGGGGAAAAACAUAGGUCCUGACCCAGAGAUCUAAGACAAUGAAUACCCUGAAUUCAUAAAGCAUUUGUUCUGCUAACAUACUGCUUAAAACCAACAUGAAUGAGAUGGUCCGACUGCCUGUAAAUAUGGUCACCUUUAACAAUUGCACAUAGCUCCAUUUAUCUACUUCAUAAAUGAAACUCUGUGUAAUUUCAUACAUAUAUUCAUAUAGAUUAUAUAUAUGCGAGGCAGGAAUUACAGAAGAAAUGCUACUGAGUAUGAUUCAUCAGUAAUCAAAGCACAGGAACAAUGUACAAUAUUGUGUGUGUGUGUUUCUGUAACAACAGCUGCCAUGUUUAUAAAAUUAUUAUUAAGCUUUUCAAUAUCAGCUGAAGCAUUAAUAUAAAUUAUUUUGUUUCAAAGAUAAUGAAACAUCUAGCUAAAAUCUGGCCUCUUAUUUUAAAAUAACUGUAUGUAAAUGUAAAUUUUACAGAUGAGAGAAGUAUUGUGGAUGUUGACUUCCUUGGGCUCAUUAUGGGUUUAACGUUUACCUUUAAUCAUGGCCAGAGCAUUCUGACCUUGUGUGGUUCGUUUAUGGGGUUUUAGAGAAUCUAGUAUUUCAAUCAAGUGACCCUGGCAGCCAGGCAGGAUCAAAUUAGGGCACAAAUCCAAAGUUAUCCAAAAUGGUUCCACAAAUGUUCACUGACAUAAAUUCAAACAUUGAAAGUUAAGGCUGGCAGGACACAGUUUCAAUGGUUUCAGAGUUUAAUACGAAGGCCAAAGUCCUUCUUUUGCAGCAGGUGCAGAAGGCUUACCUUGAAAAGGGAAAACUUCCCCACUGCAGUAACACAGGGAGCUUGUACUGUGUAUUCUGAAAAUAUAAUUAAGAAUCUGAGACAAAAUUCAUUAUAUUUACUGCAUACUGGACAUCAUUACUUAACAUUUCUAAGCUCACUUAGAUGUGAUUGUAGCUGAUUGUAGUAUACAGAGGCUGCUCCAAAAUGGCUGCUGCUGUUGUUGUCAAAGCACUUGUGCUAGAGAAUAAGUACCACCUGCCUUUAAAUUGCACUAAAGGCACAAAGGGCUUUUUUAGUGGUAGGCCAAGAAUCUGAUGCACCAGAAAAAUAAAAAUCAGCAGAGCUUGCUGCCUCUGGCCUUAUUAGCAGUGCUUUUCAUGGAGGUGUUAACAGUUGCAACCCUAAAAUGUGUUCUAAUGUCAUGAGGUUUUUCAGCAGACUUGCUGGCAUUAUUAAAGGAAAAUGCUUCUUAA